AUGCCUCGCAGUGUUGUUUUAGGUGUCCAAACAGAACCAAGAAGAGGCGGUUUCUGCUAUUUGGCUAACCCUGCGCGCUACCGCAUUGCCGACGAAAUGACCGCCGUCCGAGUGCCCUUCCUUUUACUCUUUUAUGGUAAGUUCUGAAAAAGUUUUGAAAUACAGUAUAGCAUAAGAAUACUUCAUUUACUGCAAACUUAAGAAAAUAGUAGACCUGAUCAUCCUAGGCUUCUAGCUCUUUCCAAGAGCUAGAAGAAUGAAUACACCAAUAAAAUUGUCUUUAGCCAUUGCUUGAUAAAGUUCAAAUUUAAGGUUUGAAGUUGAAAAUGAACAUCUUUCAGGUAUAUUUUCCCGAGAAGCCAACGCAGAAGCUGGAACGAUCGGAAACGCGUGUUCCUUCGAUAGUCCAGACUCUUGUGUUCUACCGAACUCGCAAUGUAUCGAAGGUGUCUGUAUGUGCGCGAACUUCUACCGAUUUGUUAAUGGAAGCUGUGUAACAGAUGAAAGUUGGUUAUUUUUUUUUGUGUUGCAUUUUUUCUUUUUUCUCUGUUAGUCAUUGCAGGUCUACCUCUUUAAGUUCAUCAUUUUUUUUCUUCGUGAAAAUGUCUGAAAAUUUUCGAAGUCUUUGCUUACUAAUUCAAUUCAAUGAUUAAUAAUAAUUGGUUUUUUUUCACUACAAAAAGCCGUGUUUUUUUUCCAAACAAAAGAUUGAAUAAAUCAUUUUAGGCACAACACUAGGACGUCCAUGCCGUGGCGGAUCAGAAUGUCGAGGACAAGGAGAAUUUUGUUCUUCUUUUGCAAUUUGCAUGUGUUUGAGCACCCAUGUCGACCUCGGAAACCAGUGCAAACCAGGUAAAUCUCCAAAAACUGUUCCAGCUCUCCGCGUAAUACUCGAAAAUCGAAAUUGAAAAAGUAGGACUUUUUUCUUUCUAUUAUUUUUAGUUUCUUUUCAUGCUUUUGAUCUACUUUCUCUGAAUGUUUCUUUAUGAUUUUCAUAAAACAGCUUCAAGAAACAAAAUUUCUUUGAACUUCAAGGUAGAAGUUUUUCUGAUAGAUGUUAUUCAACUUGAAACAAAUCACCACAUCAGCUAAAAUCAUUAGGUCCUUAAAACAAAGUAAAGAAAGCGCGGAGAAUGACUUAAUGUACAAAAUAAAGAUUACAAAGUCUCAACUUGCGCGAACUUUCAGUUUCGAAGAAAAAUAAGCUGAAAUUCUUGAAAUAGCUUAUUUUUAAGAACAAUUGUCUUUUUUUCAAUUUAGAGGUGUCCUUGUUCAAAGAAAUUUGAAAAUUCUGCAGGCCCUCUCAGGAUCUUCAUUUUCCGUCAAAAAAUGACUUGCUAAACUUUUAAAGAUUUCCGACAAAUUAUCAUUUUCCUUUCUAAUAAAAUAGUCCCUGACCAAGAAACCAUCUAAAGAAGGUUGGGAUUCGUUAAACAAAGCUGCGAGCGGGUACUUGCGCCUAGAAAAGCAACGUGUUUGGCAGAAGCCGUGUGGCACGUCUUGGACAAAUAUCUCGGCGCUUCUUAUCUCCGGCUACUGUUGAUCCUCUUUUAUGGUCAAGGGCAGACCCUCAGCAUUUGCUCAUCACUAACUUGGCCAAAAUAUUCUCGAGAGCUUUUUGAGAGUCGCUGAAGAGUUUUGAUGGGGCGCUGUGAGGAUAUUGAGAGGCUAUUUCUUUGAUCAGCAGUUAGAAAUGGUUAAUGAAAAGCCAAUGGACUUUUAGUAAGAUAUUUUUUUUAGAAAAGAUAGCCCAGAAAUAGAUUAUCAAGUUUCAAAGGUUUUUCAAGUUUCGGGCUUAUUUUCUUCUCGAUGGUUCAGUCAAAAAAUUCUGCACAUAGAAAAAUAGAAAAAUUCCUUACAACGCCCUUUAAAAGGAAUCUUAUUGUGAAACAGACCGCAAUCAAAUAUUUCACCCUUUUUUCUGAAGUAGACCGUUAUGGCUCUUCAGAUAACCUAUUUUUUUUUAGCUUGUGACCGAUUUUGUGAACUCUAAUAUAUUCUGAAAAUUUGGCUUUUUAAAAGAGAAGAACAGUUCAUUCAAAUAUUCAUCAACUAACCUAGUCUAGAUUUUAUUUUCACUUUUAUCAACCUGUUUGCAGCAAUCUACCCUGGCCAAUUCGGCUGCGAAGACACUCGACAAUGCAACAAAGGCUUUCCCGGAGCCGAAUGCGACGUCUCCAGGACCUGCGUCUGUCCUCACGGCAUGCACGUGCACCAGCAAACUUGUGUCAUGGGUCCGUUUCUUCUUGCUUUGCUUCUUUCUCUUUUUCUGACACACGCGACUGCUGGGAUGUCAAGUCGGACGCUCGUCAAAGCGUCUGACUCAUCCUUAAGCCCAGGUGGUUGUUUCAUUACUUGAGCCAUGCGUCUGCCUCGGCUGUUGUAUUUUUUCUUCUUAGGUUGGUUUUGGUGAUUUUCGAAAUUGAGAAAUAGAUAAAAUCCAGUGAUUCUUGUUGUAUUUGAAAAAAAGCCAAACUAACUGAUUCAAUUUUGUGACUAAUUAGCCGCGCAAACAUUGUAAGCGAUGAGCCUGAUUUAUUAACAUUAUUUAAUUAUUUGGAACUUGCUUUUUGACCAACAUGUCCUGGAAUCAUCUUCAGUUAAAAAGGAGCUAUUUCAGCUUUUUUGAUCACGUUAAUUCGCGCUUACUAAACUAUUUUUUUGCUCUGGUUAAAGCUCAAAAGCUCUCAUUUGACAGAUUUUUAAAGACUGGUCUUCUGAAAACAACAUAGUUCAGAAAACUGAAUAAUUUUCAAACAAACAUUUUUUAAAGUUUUUAUACUCCCACCAUUACAGCUUCGGUCCUAGCCAAUGUCAUCGUUUCGGACGACAAGCAUCUCCGGCCGUUUUUCGACACUGAGCGCAUUAAGAAUUUCUUCCGAAGAGUUCCAGCUCAAAAGAGCUCGACGAUUGGGACAGCUCCAGGUAAGUCACGAAAAAAAAGAAAGUUUUUGCACAUCUAUUCCUAGACUUUUUCUCUAACAGUGACAUAUUCCUCCAGAUGAAGUCUGCUCCAUGGAUUCUGAAUGCUCCGGCUAUCCUUUGUCCUUCUGUGACGGUGUCUGCAAAUGUGUUCAAGGAGCUCUGAAUGCCGGAUCGACGUGUAUUUCAAGCGGAAAUGGUACUUGAAAGAUCCAGAAAUAGUCAGAUUAGAUGGAGCGCUGGAAUUUUCAGCCCUGCAGCCUGCUGGAUCGUGUCCGCCUGGUCAAACAUACGUCACCGAGGCCGGAGCGUGUAUGACUGGUAAGCUGACCAAGUCAAAAAAGCUGACAAUUAUAGAAACGUACGUUACAGCUCAACAUCCGGGAGAGCCCUGCCAGUACUCCCAACAGUGUGCUUCUGCAGAACCAGGAGCUUAUUGCCUGAGAUUACGGUACGAAAUUUUUGUGGGAAAGUGAUCUUUGAAAGUUUAAGGGACACAUAAAACAAUGGAUCUCUAUAAAUCAAACUGUGUUUGUGGCAAAAAUAACUGGAUAACGUAUAAAAACGAAAAUUUCUUGAACAGCCCAGAUUUUUAUUGAAUAAGUGAUUUGAGGGACAAAAAAAAAUCCAAAAAAGCGAACAUCAAACAAUUAACAGGUGUGAGUGCGUGUAUGGAAUGCGGCAAAGUGGCAGUGGCUGCACGUUUGCCAACAAUGAAUGCACCCAAAGAGGCUAUAUUUGGAUCAGCGAACUCGGAGAAUGUCGUGAAGGUUCUUCACUUGUCUUUCUUGCAGACAAAUGCAGAAAUAUUUUCAGUUUUGGCUCCUGGGGCCAAGGGAUGUUCUCACAAUUUACAAUGUACCGGAGCAUACCCUGAAGCGACGUGUUUCAUGCAAACUUGCACUUGCCCGCCAAAUCUUCCAGUUGCGAUUGAUGGAACCUGUGGAAGGAAUUGUUCGAGUGGAGAGACUUAUUCGGGAGUCACUGGACAGUGCUUGCCGAGUAAGAUUUUGAAGGACGUUUGAAGGGAAUUCUCGUGAAAAAAAGGAUAUUAUCUCUGCUAAUAAAACAAAUAACAGCAAAAAUGAAAAAUCAAUACAAAAGAUAAGAAAAAAAUGAGGAAGCAUUUCAAACGUUGCUUUUUUUCGAAAUUUGAUAUUAAAAAAAUAAAAAAACAUUUAUAACAAAAAAAGAAAGCUUCGAAUUACAAAAAUUUCAAUUUCUAAUUACAAAGAUUUUUCUCGAAUAUCAUCUUUGAAUUAGUUUAUUUUUUUAUUUAUUUUUUUGUAAGCUUCAGUUUUUUUCAGCCGUCCAACCUGGUGGUCAGUGCACUUAUACUUCACAAUGUCACGCGAUUUUCCCUGGAAUGAUCUGCGACAAAAACGUCUGUCGUUGCCCCAACGGCUUGAAGUUCUCCGGAACGAAAUGUUCUCAAGCUUGUCCGCCCGGCUUGCGACUCAACAAUCGUGGAGUUUGUGUUGAAGGUACAUUUUUGAAAUCACAAUUUUUUGCAACCUCACCCCUUGAAGUUGAGAAACUCUGAACGCUGAAGGUUUAUUCAUUUCAUAAAUGAGGAAAAAAGUUUUUUAGCUUGCCGACCAACGUACGUGGAGUUCGAAGGCGACUGUCUGCCGCAGUCAGUCCCCAGCGGUCCUUGUACGGUCAACGCCCAAUGUACUGGCAGCAGCAGUUGUCACAACGGCGUUUGUCAAUGUUCCGUUGGAAUGGUCGCUCGUGGCAGUGAAUGUGUUCAAGGUCUGUACGAAAUUUAUUUAUUCAUCUAGAGAAAAAACCCGACAUCUGAUUACUUGUCAAAAAGCCAUAAAACCUGACGGAGCGAACAUUUUUGAUGAAAUUUUUGAAGGAGUUUAAAAAGGAAAGAAUCAAAAAAAUAAUUAUUUUUCAAGCUUAUGAGAAUAAAGAAAUAAAUAUUUUUUUGAUUCAAGUUAUUCAUUGAAUGAAUACAAUUUAACUAUUUGAAAGGUUAUCCUUCACAAAAGCAUUUCUCAUUAGUUUUUUUCACUUCUCUGACCUUUCUGAUCAAAUAAAAAAACAAAGUUUCCUAUUCUAAAUUCAGAAAAAAAAUACUUAUCAAUGGGUCACACAAGCAUAUUUGUUCAGCCGCGCACUGAUUUUUUAAGAAGAGAAAACUUUUUUUAAAGUCAACUUGCUGAAAAAUAAUCGAAUUCCAGUGGAAGCGGCACCUUUGAGUUCCUGCAAAAAUGGAGAGAAAUGCGGUGGUGGUUCUUAUUGCGCAAAUGGAAACUGCACAUGUCCUGCUGGUCGUCAAGUCGUCAAUGGACAAUGCGUAGCUCCGCAAUCAGGUAGGCUCUUUUCUAUCGAACCUUUUGUACCUAUAAAUAACAUAUCCUCCCCUGACUAACCUUCCUAACUCUUGUGCAGUUCCGCCUAACAGCCCUUGCAAUCCCCUCGUCUCUUGUUCUGGCGGCAGUACUUGUAUCAACAACGUCUGUCUGUGCAGUGCCCAUGAAGCUUUGAUCGAUGGAAUCUGCCAACAUCCUCCUUCAGGUUCAUCAGUUUUUUUCUGAAGAAAAUAAAAUUUGAGUUCAGUUUCACCUGGUGGCGCCUGCCCAACGGGUCAUGAACGCUGUCUUGGACAGUCGACUUGUAUCAACAAAGUCUGUGAAUGUCCUUUUGGAACGCAUGCCGUCCGAGAUGAAUGUCUUGCUUUGCGAGCCGCGCGCCCAGGAGCUUCUUGCGGGUCGAGCACUAGAUGUCAAGGUAUUCUUGAGCUUCAAACCUGUGUAAAAAGUGAAAAAAAUUGAAUAUUGAGAAUAGUUUGAGCUUUAUUUUUCUAUAGAAUGGUGUUUGGCGCACAACAAAAUUUGAUGGUUCAGAAGUGUGCAAAUUAUGAGAAAUUAAGAGUUUUCGAUUAGAGACGCAUUUUUUAAUUUUAUCAGCCCAUAAUAAUUCAAGAAUAAACGAGCUAGGAGACGGAAAAAAAUCUCAAUGUUGGCUGGUGAAUCUUCUUGAAAGUGGAACUUGCAAUUUUUCAUUCAAAAGAUGAAAAAAAAGUUUAUUAAUCCGUUGAAAUUGAAAUUUCUGGAUUUUUAAAGUACUGUCUCAAAUUUUGGAAUGCAAUGGAUCUCAGAAUUUUAUCGAAGUUUUGGACUAGAAAUUUUCAAGAAGAAUAAUGAAAGCAGAAAUCUGUGCUUUUUGUACUUUGAAAUCGAAACUUCAGGACUCGCUGUCUGCAUCGAUGGCCAAUGUCAAUGUCCAACUGGCCUAUCCAUCGUCGACGGAGAAUGUCGAGCUGCCGGUUCUGGAGAAGGCUCUCCACCUGGAAGCAGUUGUAGCAACGGCGAGACCUGCGGCGGCGGUAGCGUCUGCAAAGACGAAGUCUGUCUCUGUCCAGUUGGAACACACGGUCUAGACGGCGUCUGCAAAAGCUUCUCUUCCGUCCCUCCUGGCUCUUCCUGCUCUCUCGGUAGUUCGGUUAUCAGAGAACUUUUUUCAAAGGAAAAUAUUAGGAAAUGCCUGCAACGGUGGCUCGUUUUGCUCUGAUGGGAUUUGCAUCUGUCCUGCCGGAUCCAUGUCUUACCAAGGAAUCUGUCAUCACACAUCAAAUUCUUUGGGGUCUUGCUCGUCUCAGUACGAAUGUCUGAACGGCGCCCACUGCGACAUUCCCUCGAUGAAGUGCGUUUGUCCAGGUAAAUUCCUUCAGAGGAAAAAACUUUUGAAAAUUCGAAUUUAGCUGAUCAUGUUGCAAUCGGAAAGAUUUGCGUUCCUUCUGACCAUUUUCGAGAGAGAACUCAUAGAAAACCAGAGUGUAGAGAUGACAGUAGUUGUCCUGAAGAAAAGUCAUGCAUUUUGAGCAGGUAACCUUUCCAAUCCUUUCGGGUAAUUCAAAAUUAUUAAAUUCAGGUGCCAGUGUAAACAUGGAGAAACCGAAGGAGGAGAUUGUCUGACCGGCCCUCCACAAAAAGAGCAUGUCCAAAUGAAACUCACCUUUUCUUCUACUAACUCAGUCUCAAAUGGUUAAUAACAUUAAAACAUUUUGCAUGCCUCGUUUGCGGUUUUUGAGUUGUAUUUCUCUUUCUAUUUUGUUGCCCUAUUAGUUUCCAUCGGCGGAUCCUGCGUCCGAGUUGGCGUCAGAUGUGGGGGCGGCUCUAUCUGUGUGGCUGGAAUCUGCGUCUGUCCUCUUGGAAAAACGCCCAAUGACAAUUACUGCGUCAAUCACGUUACUGGUAAGAAUAGUCUUUUUUCGAGGAAAAUAGUUGGGUUCAGGAAAUCCCGGAGAAUCUUGUUCACAAGGCGAGGACUGCACUGGAAGCAGCUACUGUAAUGAAAUCACUCAAAUUUGCGAAUGCGUCAGUCCAUCUCAAAUGGUUUUAUUUUUGGCAUUUCGAGUCAACUUUCUUAAUGAUUUCCAAUUUCAGGUCAUUGGAAACGUUUGCGUCGAAAGGCUACGAUCACAUCCCGGAUUCCCAUGUUCCAACAACGAGAUUUGCAUUGGUGGCUCGGUUUGUAUCGAUGGAAGAUGUGCUUGUGACGCGGAUAAGAUUGAAGUUAACAAAGUCUGUCACGAAAGGAUUUCAGGCGAGUUGAAUUGAUUAUCGAAAUAAUAUACAUUUUCUUUAUUCCAGUUAAAAGUGGAGAAAGCUGUAGAAAUGGAGAAAAAUGCACCGGAGGAUCUCAUUGCGACUCUUCUUCAAAAAAAUGCACUUGUGAAAGAGGGCAACAGAAUAUUGGAGGCGUACGUUUUUUUUUUUCAAUACCGAACAUUUCAAAUUGAGGACAUCACUUGAAAAAAUCAUCAGCGAUGCUUUAUUAUUUCAAAAAAAAAAAAAGAUAUAAAGGAGAUAUUUGUAAUGAAUAUUUUAUUUUUUUAUUAAAAAAAUCAGUUUUCCUCAGGACAGUUCGAUGAUUUUUUUCCAUACAAACCAUUUCAGGAAAAAAACCUUAAUUUGCAAUAUUUUAUCAGUUCAGUCAGAAAUCUGGUUUUCAAAAUGGUGACUUCAGGAAUGCAUGGAAGUUCAAUUGGUCUCUCCCGGAGAACGCUGCUCAGCCGCUGUGACUCGUUGUGGCGGCGGAUCUUACUGUGCACGGGGUCGUUGUGAAUGUCCGUACAACAUGAGGCCACAGAACAGAAAAUGCGUCCAACAGAGAACCGGUCAGUUUCCCAAGAAGCUUUCCCAGGGCAACUUUUUUCAGUGAAUCCGGGCCAGGAAUGCACAGGUUCUGACGUCUGUACCGGCUCUUCCGUGUGUCGAAACGGCGUUUGCACCUGCGUCGGCGACAUGAUAAACCGCGGCAACGUCUGCGUCUACAAAAGAAAGAUCGACGCCGGAUCUUCUUGCGACGUUUUCGACGAGUGUAUGGGCAACUCGACAUGCGUCGACCAAAGGUGUCAAUGUGCUCCAGGAUCUUCCAUCAGGAAUGGUGUUUGUUCGGCUAAAAGGACAGGUGAGCCUGCAUGAAUAUAGACGGAAAAGUCGAUUUCAUUCAAUUAUGAUAAAUUGAGGUUACUUUUUUCCGUAGUGAGAAUAACAAUAAAUUGGUCUAAUUCAAUUUUUUUCUUACUCAUAAUUUUUGAAGAAAAAAACUCUUGAGGAUUAAGUUAAAGUCUUGGAUUUCUAAAUAAUACUGACCAAGGCAAAAAAAUUUUUUUGAGGAUUUCUUCCCAAUUAAAAAAACCUACCCAGUGGGCCACGAAUGAGGAAACUGGAUGAAUGUUAUUCAUUUGCACUAAAAAUUUUGGUUUUUAUUACAGUUCUUCCUGGCUACGUUUGUUCAUCGGAAGACGUUUGCACUGGACAGUCAAUCUGUAUGAAAGGCGUGUGUCAGUGCAAGCCUCAUCAUACGAGGAUCCAUAACCAGUGUGUUAAAAAUCGAAUGGGUAAGUUUACAGAGCCAAUCGUAAUCGGCUUCUCUCAAAUAAAGAAAGCUUUCAGGUGUUUCAGGUAGAAAGCUUAACCCUUUGAUUUUUUGUUUCUUUUAUUUUUUUUAUCGGGGUUUUCUUUUGUUCAGGUCCAGCCAUGAUAAUCAAGCGGGAAUAAAACACUUUUUGAUGUUACAGUUAUGGCUGGUGGAGUCUGCCUUCGAACAGAUGAAUGCGAUGGAGAGUCUGAAUGUCGACGGGGAAUCUGUACCUGUCCUUCUGGCAAAGUUCCAAUGAAUGGCGUCUGCAAAGCUGUGCCUUCAGGUCUGUAAAAAAAAUUUUCUGCAUAACCGAAUUAAGGAGCUUAAGAAUUGAAAAUAAUAGUUUCAUCUCUAAAAAAUGCUCCGUUUCGCUUGUAUUAAUCUUGUUUUCCUUGAAAAACUUAGUGAGAAAAAGUUGAGAUGAUAGUUGAUUAUUUAAUUAUUAGAAAGCAUUUGAAAAAUGACUUUUCAAUCAAGUUUUUCCAGUCGGCGUGGGCGAAUCUUGUGCGAUGAACGAAAUUUGCACGGGUGGCUCAGUUUGCGGCUCGGCUUCAGUUUGUGAAUGUCCGCCCGGUCAGGAACAAAUGAACGGAAGCUGUGUCAAAAGACGACCUCCAGAAGCUCUCAGUCAGACUUCUUCCUCGACAAGUUAGUUUUCUUAAUUCCUUCCUUAUUCCUGAGUUUCAAAAAAACUUAUGUUUGAAAAGAAAAAAAAUUUUUCAAUGAAGCCAAUAAAAAAAUGUGACCGAAACUGGGUAGAGAACAUUUUUCUUUUGACGUCCCAACUUACUUUCGAACUCUAGUUAUCACUAAUUGAUCCGAUGGGAAAAAAAUUCGAAGUUCCUCUAAACAUCUAUUUUUUUCCAUAAAUUGAAAUUUUUUUCUUUUCUGAUUUCAAAGUUUGCUGUGUUUUUUUGUUACAUCCCGGCCGCUUCAGCUUUCACAACGACUCCGGCCACCUCGACAGAAUCUCAACGUCUUCCGAGUCCUCUGAAAUGUGUGCGGAGUUCCGACUGUGGGCAUGGGGCUUUCUGUCGUAGAAAUAUCUGUGUUUGUCCCGCUGGGAUGCAAAUGAGGAAUAACUCUUGUUACGUUGCUUCUGCGUCUCGCAAAAAACGUUUGAAAAUUACUUUUUUGCUUUCUUUCAGUUUCGUGUGAUUUUCAGCUGGAUUGUUGGGACAUGAAUGCAGUAGAGAUGAGGACUGCAAGGUGGUUAACUCCGAGUGUAACCAGGAGAUGUGCAUGUGCAAACAAGGAUUCCGAAUCUUCGGCUCAACUCAGUGCAUCAGAAGGAUCGAGUCUCCUCCAGAAACAACGCCGAAACCCAUGCCCAAAGCUGUUCCUCCUGUUACUACCACUACUACAACUACUACGACCACGACGACGACUCCGAAGCCCACGACAACUUCGAAAGCUCCAACAAUUCUACUGGUUCUUCCCGGAUCUGCCUGUGGAGAGAACCGAAUCUGCCAGCGAGGCUCUCAUUGUAUCGACAAACUUUGCAUCUGUCCUACUGGAUUCGCUCUGAUUAAAGGAGUUUGCACACCUGUGAUUUCUCAAAAAAUAGGUGAAACUUCCAUUCUUUCUUCUUUUGUAAUUUUUGAGUUGGUUCAGUUCCGCCAUUAUCAUCUUGCUCGCGUGGUGAAAUUUGCAGUGGAAACAGCGAAUGUUUGUAUGGAAUAUGUUUCUGCACUAAUGAGUUUACUCUGUUCCGAGGAAGAUGUGAACGACUAGAAAAAAGUGACUUUUGCUGUCCCAUUUUUUGUGCUCAACAGAAAAAUUAAGUUGAUGGGAUCCGAGCGAUUGAAGCCGAAAUGGUUACUUUGACACCUCGAAGAGCGAAAAUUCUUGAUUCAACCACGACUACGACGACAGAAAUUCCUUCUACUAGUACCAUUUCAAGCUCAACUUCAGAAGCUCCAAAAACGUCCUCGGUGUCGACUUUGGCACCUUUUUGGUUCAAAAGUACUAAUUUAUUUGGCUUUCGGCAUUUUUCGGUUUUUUUUUCAGUUGCCAAACCGGGUUAUGCAUGUGAUGACAGCACGUUCUGUACAAACUGUUCGAUUUGUGUUGGCGGCUUUUGUAUGUGUCCUGAAGGUCUUGAGUUGUUACGUGACAAGUGUGUUAGUCCCAUCGAUGGUAAAACAAAAUACCCAUUUUAUUUCUUUUCAAAACUGAUUUUUUUCAGCCAGAAGGUGUGUGGCCUCCAAUCAAUGUCCAUCUGGGGCCGACUGUGUCAAGGGAGAAUGUCAUUGUCAGCAAGGACUGGCUCUCAGUCGAUUUGGUUUCUGCAUCCCUAUCAAUUAUGGUCAGUUUUUUUGUUCAUAUUCAAAAAAAUAAGUUUAGAAAAAUUUUUACCAAACAAAAAAAGAAAAAAAUCUAUUUGAAAACCUACAAAAUCUGCAAAAAAAGCCAGAAGUAAAACUCCAGCUUUUUGGAAAAGAAAAAGCUCUAUAAAUGAAAUUUAUGAAAAAUGGAGAAUUUCAGGGGUAUGAACUGAAAUCUUUUUUUCUGAAGUGAAAAGUGAAAAAAAUAAAUCGAGAAAGUUUAAUAAUCAUCUAUAGAAUGAAGAUUUUUUUCACAAUUUAGGACAUCUAUAAAAAAACUGCUGUUAAAACUGUUUUUUUAUUUCAGUAUGGGAAAAUAGCGGAAUUUUACCUCAAAAAGUCUAAAAAAAUCAAAUAAAUUUGACCUUCUUUUUUGUGUCUGGAAACAGUAAUCACUGAAGAUCAUGAAAUUUACAGCGGAGCCUGGAACUUCGUGCGCAGAAGGCGAGCAAUGCCGAGGAGAAUCGAGCUGCAUCGAAGGAAUGUGUGUCUGCAAACCUAACCUCUACCUCAACGAUAAUAAAUGUGUACCGCCAGUCAGAGGUAGAUAGGCAAAAACCAAAAAAGCAGUUUUCAAUGUUAUAAUUACAAAAAAACUAAAAAAAGCAUGAAUACUAACAGCAUGGCUUCGAAACUUGUAGGGAACACGAGGAGUAAGCGCAAGGUGUCGUCAGCAAAUGACAUCGAGUUUCUGAAAAGUAUGAACGCCGUGGAAAGCUCAAUUGCCGCCACAACAAAAAUCUCUGGUCUCGGCGAGUACUGCAAUUUGGAUAAGGACUGUAUGAGCCAAGCCGUCUGUAAGCAAAACUUGUGCCAAUGUCGGGUUGGAUACCUCCAAGCUUCUUUCACCUGCAUCAAUCGAUCUUCAGGUUGUUAUUUUCAAAUUGCGUUCAUCAUAAUUAAGUUCAGUCGCGGCAUCCAUAGCUCCACCUGGAGCCAAAUGUUUCUCUGGAACUUUUUGUGACGGCGGCUCUUCUUGCCUGAACUAUGUCUGCACUUGUCCGUCUUCAUAUAUGCCGAAAAAUGGAGUUUGCGCCAUGAUAACUGGUAAGAGUAUCAUUUGCACUUCACCUCAAAAAUAUGAACUUUCAAGUGAAAAUCGGACAGUUCUGCAAUUCUCGAUUAAAGUGCGGUGGUGGCUCAUCUUGUACAAAUGGAGUGUGUCAAUGUCCAAUUGGAACCAAAAAUUCAUUUGGAAAAUGUGUUGCGGUAGUUGCUGCUCAGCCAAAGGUGGCUUCGUAUCCGUCUAUUGCAAGUGGGUUACACUUAUCCCAAUAAUCACUGGGUUUGAAAAAAAAAAAACUUCGAAAAUGUCAAAAAUUUAGUCGCUUUUUCGAAAAGAAAAAAAAGUCCAGGCAACUUGGUUCGAAUUUCUUUGUCCAGAAUUCUAUACAAAAAACAUAUCUUUUUUUCAGAGUCUCCUGGAACGAGUUGUUUCAACAAUCCCAACGUUUGCACUGGCGGCUCGUUCUGUAUUCAAGGUAUUUGCACCUGUCCGGCCGGAACUCAAAACAGUGGCGGCUUUUGUGUGAACCCAUUACCUGGAAACUUCCAAUAUGGUUCGAAACAUAAGCUUCAUGACACUGAAUAAAUAUUUUGCAAACUGUUCAGCUUCUCCUGGCGGUCAAUGUUCUGACGGUCAAAUUCUAUGCACUGGCAACUCGGUUUGCGCUAAUAAUCUUUGCGUCUGUCCUGGAGGGGAACAAGUGAAGUAAGAAUCAAAUUUUAGUUAUAAUACAAUGCCCCAUCAUUUUAGAAACGAUAUUUGUGUGUCUAUCGAUUCUCAGUCUGAUCCUGGAACAAUGUGCGAGGAAGGAAUCACGACUUGCACUGGGAAUUCAAUUUGUCUGAAUGGAGUUUGCAAAUGUCCUGAAGGCCAAGUAAGGUUAUUGACCGAGUAUAAUGAACUUUUUUGAAAACAGGCUGCCAUGAACGGCCAAUGCGUGACGAUUCUAGCGACAGCAACGCUAAUUUCGCCAUGCUCAUCAAAUAACUGCGGUUGUCCUUCUCCAUGUCAGCAGAACCAAGUCUGCGUCCAGGAUCAGUGCCAGUGUGCCCCGGUGAGUGACAAAAAAACUGAUGACACAGAAAAAAUCUGAAGACCUCUAAUAAGUUGUUGCAAAAGUUGAUUCUUCUGUCUUUGAACUUCAAGAAAAUGCCAUGCCUCAUUUCUGAUUAACUUAUUUCGAGCCGUAGCGAAUAGAGUAUAAAACAAUACUUCUAUUUUAAUAUUCGCUUUGAAGGGCUACAUGAUGGCAAACGAUGGCUGCAUCUCUUCUUCCAGCCAAUGUUCCCCUUCUUGUCAACCAAACUACAGCUGCCAGCAAGGAUCCUGUGUCUGCAAUGAUCAAUCCUGUCAAAAUCCACAACUUAACCCAGGAUCUUGUAAGCUUUUCUAUAAAACUCUUCAUGUGAAAUGGUUUAAGUUAACGGAAAUCCAGGUCAACCUUGUGAUCUGCGGCCUGGAGCAAUGUUGUGUCGUAACUCGGUUUGAUUUCUCAAGUUUUUUUUUCCAUCAUUAUGAGAAUCAUUAUAGGCUUUAUGCGUCAGCAAUCAAUGCGUCUGUCCUACAAAUUUAGUUCUGAGUGGAACUUCCUGUGUGUCUUAUUCUGGUGACGCCUAUCCUGGACAGAGCUGCCAACAGCCCGGAACUAUUUGUCGAGGUGAACACUCUAUUUUUUUUUUUUGAAAAUUAUUUUUUCAGGUGGUGCAUCCUGUGUCGACAACUUCUGCAAGUGCGAUUUUGGUCUUGUAGCCAGUGGUUCUUUCUGUACUCCAACUCAGAUCCGCUUCACCUUUAUCCCAUUCUUUCCAACAACUCAAUCUCCACUGUUCACUUGUGAGUAGUUUUUAUCGAAACGUUUAUAGUCUUCUCAUUUUUCAGUAGUUCCUGGCUCCAGAUGUGAUCCUCGCUGCGAGUUUCAGCCUUGUCUUCAGCGCUGCUCAGGAGGAUCUGUUUGUGUUCAAUCGAUCUGUACCUGUCCUUUAGGAAGCUACGUUUUCAACAAUAUCUGCACACCAAUGGCUUACGAACCUCCUGGAGUGAAAUAGAAGUGUAAAUUAAACCCACAAGGCAUUUUUUCAGCAGAAUCCACCGAAUAAUUUCAAAACGGCUCGACCUGGAGACAGUUGUGACGUGAGCAUAACUUGUACGGGCGGAUCUUCUUGUAUUGUUGGAACUUGCAAUUGCGACAUUGGCUACGCUCCGAGGUGAAUUUCCGAUACUGCUGGAAAUUGAACCAAACAAAACCCUACAAAAAAAUAGAUUACAUUUGAAAACUAAGGCGUGAAGGUUUUGGAGGCUUUGGAAUAUAUUUCUUUUGAUAGGUGAAAAAGCUUUUUAAUUUUUUUGAAAAUUUGAAGACUUGACUCACCUUUUUUCAGGAAUACUGUUAAUUUCAACUAGUCCAAGAACUUUAAUUUGAAGCAAAAAACUUUUUCCAGCAGUUAUCAAAAAUUUUAGUUACGAUCGCUCGUCCUGCGUUCUGACGUCGAUGCCACUUUCUCAGAGAUCUUAUCCCAAAAAAGGUUGUUCUUCUGAUAUCGACUGUCCCACUGGAAUUGCCUGCUCCAAUGGAUAUUGCUCAUGUAGAGUGAAUGAACAUCUGAUUGACGGGAAAUGUGAAAUGGAGGUAUCUUUCCGAAGUUUAUCCAACCUAUGAAUCUCUUCAGGCUUUGCCGGGCUCUCACUGUGCGACCAAGUUCUGCGGAAGAUCUUCGGAAUGUCUCAACGGAUUCUGUGUUUGCCCUCAGAACUCGAAGAUGAACUCUACCGGCCACUGUGCUUCUCCGUCUACCGUUCAGUUCGAAUCAGGUGAAAAUAAUCAAUUGUAUGGUAACAACAUAAAUUCAGCUUUUCCUGGAGCUGCUUGUCCAAGUACUGGAAACUCCUGUCUUGGAGGUUCUUUCUGCACAAACGGCCAUUGCAUCUGUGCGAAAGGCUAUUUGAACAGAGGCGACUCCACUUGUUCGCCUUUUUUGAUGUCAGCUACAACUCAAGCCUAUCCAAUGGCUCAAGCUUACACAAUGAAAAGUGAGAAUUCAGACUGCGAGAAAAAUUUCUGGAAAAUCUUCAGAGAUUGGAACGAGAUGUACUUCGUGGUCUGAUUGUUCUUCAGUCAAAAACUCGGUCUGCCAAAGUUCAGUUUGUACCUGUCCUUCAGGAUAUUCUGAGCAGAACGACACGUGUGUUCCUAGGAAUGGUGAGUGAAACUGAAUGACAAUUUAGAAGUUGAUCAAAAAAUCAACGUUAGUGGACGAUCCUUAGAAUCAGAUGACACCAUAUUUAGUUCAAGAAUUAAAAAAAAAAGCCUCUGAUUUCUUGUGAAUUUUUCUUGUAAUGCGAAGAAUUUAUAAAUUGGAUCAUCGCACUAGACGUUUUUCUACUGUUUCACUUUUGCAAAAUGAUAUUUUUUCGUCGACAAGAUUAACUGGAAAAAAUCACAUUUGUUUUUCAACCGAAAACAUCAAGAUUACACGAAUUACGAAACAUCGGUUAUUUCUAAUUUUUGAAGAAACUUUGCAAUUUGAAGAUAAUCGACGGAGGAUAAAAAUUAAAACCCGACAACAUUGAAACCUUGAAAAACUAAGAAAAAGAGAUGUUCCAGAAAUGAGAAAACCGUGCUCUUCUUACCGCGACUGCGACGCUCCUCGGGUGUGCUCCAAAGACGGCGUCUGUCAAUGUCCCUUCACAAUGAUUCAGAAUGAGAACGGAGUCUGCCAAUACCGUUCUGUCCUCACUGAACGUUAACAUCAGCACGUUCCCCACUAACUUUGCCAUGUUUACGAGUGUACUGUCUUUCGCAAAUGUCUUAUGUGUCAAUAUUUCUCAUAAUUCACCUGUUCUAUUCUGAUGUUGACUAAUUUUCGAUUGGUGUGCUUUGAAAAACCUUUAAAAAUGUCAUAACGAGAGAACUGAAAAAAAUUGCAUCGAAAUGAAGCAAUUUCAAAAAUUCUUCAAAAAAUGAUUUUUUCUCUACUAGUGAUCUAAUGUGAAUAAAGAUGCUUUUUCACAUAAAAUCGUGUAAUUUAACCUUCAAAUCAACUUUUUUUUCCUUUUUUAGUUCAAGUUUUGAAUAAUCCAAUUUUAAUUUUUCUUUUUCAUCCUUCACUACAUUCUAAUACCUUUUUUGUAUAUCUGUUACUAAUAAAAUGAUCGAUAACUCCCGGUAACAUUGAAAACUGCUAGAACCCAAAGAUAUUCUCACCACGUUCAAAUGCUAUUGUUUUGUAGAAGUUUACACACCGAAGGCAACUGAACCCAAAGAAAAGGUUCAACUGACGCCUUGUCCUACUGACAAUUCCUGUCAACUUCCGAACUGCUUCUGUUCCCAGUGAGAAUGAAAAAAGCAGCAGUAAACAAAACAAAGAGAAUUCGCCAGACUUGGAACGGCGAUCCCCGGAGGCUUGGAACGGAAAUCGACCCCUCAGAUGAUCGUUCUUACUUUUGAUGAUCCGGUAACUGAUAGGAUCAUUAACAUCUACAAAUCACUGUUCAGUGGGAAGGUAUGCAUCCAAAAAAUAAUGCAAUUCAAAAAUUUCGGAUAUUGUCAGAUCCGAAAUCAAAACGGAUGUGGACUAAAAGCAACGUUUUUCGUCUCGCAUCAAUGGAAUAACUACGACCAAACCCAAUGGCUUCAUAGUCGCGGAAAUGAGAUCGCCGUCAACUCCAUCACGUUAGUUCCGAGCCCUCACAUCCUUUCUCUCUCAUCUUUCAAUGUUUUUAUAUUGAAAUCAGCUGUCGCUUCAAAAAAAAAAAUCUAAGCGAAUUAAAAAAUUUGUUUCAGUCAUGAAGUUUUGACAAACAAAACAAAGGAACGAUGGCGUCAUGAAAUGGGAGGAAUGAGGGACUCUCUUCACGAGUUCAGCUACAUUGACAAACACUCGAUAAAGGGCAUUCGAGCGCCUUAUUUUAUCAUCGGAGGUGACUUUGAAAAAAGAAUAUUUGAAAAAAAAAACGAGUUCAGAGAGGAUCAAUGAGCAUUGCAACUAUUUAAAAAGCUCUUUUUGAAUUUAAUUUUCUUCUUCAUAACUAAUUUGGCACCACUUGAAAAAUCACUUUUGAGCGUUUUAUCGUUACAUCAUAGAAAACAAGAACAAUUUUCUAGGAGAGUCUCAGUUCGAAAUGAUGGCCGAGAAUGAAUUCUUGUACGAUAACUCGAUGCCAGUGAAAGAAGGACCUUUUUGGCCACAAACAUUAGGUGAGCUAUAUUCAGUUUGUUUUUUUAUGAUUUUUCUUGAGACCACAAACUUGCUUGGGACUGCGGUCAGCAAGAUUGUCCUAAAAAGCCCUACAGAGGUCUUUGGGAGGUUCCUGUGCAGCUUAUUCAGGCAAAUGACGGCAUUUGGUACACUACGGCAAGCAAAGCUUUGAAGGUGAAGAAAAUUUAUUUUUCCUGAUAAAAUUCUUUAUUUUUAGCCAUACGACACUCGACAAUCAGUGAAGCAGAUGUUGAACAGAAACUUCUUGAGAAAUUACAAAACCAAUCGAGCGCCGUUUGUGCUUUCAUUGGACACUGAGUUUUUAACUUAUUUGCCUGACAAUGGCGCAGUUUUGGCUUUGGAAGAAUGGUUGAUGGAGGUUUUUUUUUCAACAAUGUAAUAAAAACGAGAAAAAAUUCUAGACUCUCAAUAAAACCGACGUUUACGCGGUCACCGGCUCUCAAAUGAUUGCUUGGAUGAAGUCGCCAAUGGAUAUUUCUUCCAUCAAUCGAUUUAGGCCGUGGCAGUGCAAUUUCAUGAUGAAUGACCAUAUUCAACCUUGUGAGGUAGGAUUGGAGAAAAAAAAACUUGUAGUUUCAAAAUCAUUAUGGAUCCCCAACUGGAGAUGAAGUUCAUGUCAUGCCCCCUUAAGUACAUGAAAUUACUGUUUUUAAAGUUUCUGAAAAUACUUUUUCCUGAAUAUUUUUCAGAAAUUUUCAGUGAGUUACUUCUUAAAAUGAGACUGCUUUUUUUACGAGCCUUUCAAAAUGUGAUCCAACUCAACAGAAAUGAAAAAUGGGCACUAUUUGCAGACGCCAUCAAUAUGCAGCUAUUCGGCGAGGUCGCGCGGUCAACUUGCUCACAGUUUCCGUGUGUGUGGCAGUUGCCCGAAGAAUUAUCCGUGGAUCGAGGAUCCGCUCGGCCAGCGGCAACUCGUCUCAAAAUAA